AUGGCCAAGAUGGGCAUCUCGACCCUGCACUCCUACAAGGCGGCCCAAAUCUUCGAAGCUGUCGGCUUAGCACCCGAGGUGAUUGAGUUUUGUUUCACCGGAACCCAGUCCCGCGUCGGGGGUGCCGGCUUCGAUGUGCUCGCGUACGAGGCCUGUGGUCGUCACAGUAGA